GCUCCACCCCUCGGCAGCACGCGGCGCAGAGAGGCUUGUCCCUGCGUGUUCGUGCGGGAGGUCGAGCCUCACAGAUCCGGAACCGGGAGAGACAGAGAGAGAGGGAGAGAGAGAGAGAGAGAGAUUCCGUCCGUGGAUCCCGCAGCGGCCGCAGCUCCAGCUCUGCGUGGAUUCUUUAAUCGAUCCGCGAUCGCUCCGAUGGAUCAGUGAGGCGUCUGGAUCUGCGUGUUUCUGCGUGAAUUUCUGCGUGUUUGCCGGCGGUUCGGAGCGGUUCUGCGGCCAUGGGUUUCUACGGCACCCUGAAGCUCAUCUUCUACAAGAUGAAGAGGAAGCUGGAUCACGGUCCAGAUGGCCGGCCGUUCCCCUCAGGAAAGAAGCACUGCAAGGGGAACGGGUACCUCAGCCCCUCCAGUCUGGCUCAGGCCACGCCCACUACCUUCGGCGACCUGCGGCUGGCCAAUGGGCAUUCAGCUCAGCGCCGACGCGUGAACUCCGGCCCGCCUCCCUCCGGGCUGCAGGACUGGCUUCUCACCUUCCAGACGUGGAGCGGCCCGGAGAGGCUGCUGGCUCUGGACGAGCUGAUCGAUCGGUGCGAGACCAGCCAGGUGAAGCACAUGAUGCAGGUGAUCGAGCCUCAGUUCCAGAGAGACUUCAUAUCUCUGCUCCCCAAAGAGCUCGCCCUGUACGUGCUCACCUUCCUGGCCCCGAGGGAUCUGCUGCAGGCGGCGCAGACCUGCAGGUACUGGAGGAUCCUGGCCGAAGACAACCUGCUGUGGCGGGAGAAAUGCCGUGAGGAAGGCAUAUCAGACGGCGUGCCGUAUCGUCGUAGAGAGAGCGUUCGCCCCGAUGCUUCGUUCAGCCCGUGGAAAUCCGUCUACAUCAGACAGCAUCGCAUAGAGACCAACUGGAGGAUGGGCGACACGAGGGAACCCAUGGAGCUGAAAGGCCACGAUGAUCAUGUGAUCACCUGCCUCCAGUUCAGCGGCGACCUGAUCGUCAGCGGCUCGGAUGACAACACGCUCAAAGUCUGGUCGGCCGUCACUGGGAAGUGCCUGCGCACGCUGACGGGCCACAGCGGCGGCGUGUGGUGCAGUCAGAUGGCCGGCGCCACGGUGAUCAGCGGCUCCACCGACCGGACGCUGCGGGUCUGGGACGCCGAGAGCGGCGAGUGCGUCCACGCCCUGUACGGCCACACGUCCACGGUGCGCUGCAUGCACCUGCACGGCGAAAGGGUGGUGUCUGGUUCCCGGGACACGACGCUGCGCGUGUGGGACGUGUCGACGGGCCGCUGCGAACACGUGCUGACGGGCCACGUGGCGGCGGUGCGCUGCGUCCAGUACGACGGGCGCCGGGUCGUGUCGGGCGGAUACGACUACAUGGUGAAGGUGUGGGACCCCGAGACGGAGGUGUGUCUGCACACUCUGCAGGGUCACACCAACAGAGUGUACUCUCUGCAGUUUGACGGCGUCUUCGUGGUGAGCGGCUCGUUGGACACGUCAAUCAGAGUCUGGGACGUGGAGACAGGCGGAUGUGUUCACACGCUGACCGGCCAUCAGUCGCUGACGAGCGGGAUGGAGCUGCGGGACAACAUCCUGGUGUCCGGGAACGCCGACUCCACCGUUCGAGUGUGGGACGUCCGGACCGGACAAUGUCUUCACACGCUGCAAGGUCCCAAUAAGCACCAGUCUGCAGUGACCUGCCUGCAGUUCUGCAGAGGUCUGGUUCUGUCCAGCUCCGACGACGGGACCGUCAAGCUGUGGGACCUGCGGACCGGCGCCUGGCUGCGGGACGUGGUGGCGCUGCAGAGCCGCGGAUCAGGCGGCGUGGUUUGGCGAAUCAGAGCGUCCGACACCCGGCUGGUUUGCGCUGCAGGAAGCAGGAACGGCACCGAGGAGACCAAGCUGCUCGUUUUGGACUUUGACCUGGACGACACCAAGAACGACUCGGACCUGAAAUGAGAGAGAAACCGACCAAUCAGACUGAAGGAGGCGACAGAAACUGACUCUGUUGUUGUUGACCAAAGUCCGACUGAAGUCAGCUGUGAAUGUUACAACACGACCAGAAACGGACGGACGAAAAGAACCUGCUGCUGGACGAUAAAUCAAAAAGAAUAAUGGAUGUAAUAUAUGAAUGUUUGACGAACGAGGGAUUUCGCUCCUUUUUCUUUUCUUCUUUUUUUUUUGCUGCUGUACCAAUGAGGAGGUGAAGAUGCUGUUUAAACUAACCAAACCUACCAAACCGUAACGGCGCUCGUCUUCAGUCAGUGUUGAUCUCAGACCGGUGUUAUUUCAGCUGGAAUGUCGUUUCCACAUCAUGAGAGGAGGGAGAGCAAACCCAGAAACCACAACCAGAGCCUCACAUCUGCAACAGCUGGAGCAACUAAAACCUCCGCUGGAAAUAAUAGGAGCAAAAUGAAACCGAUCCACUGCAGGUUAAAAUGGAAGAAAACAGAACAAAGGAUCAAUUAAAGGAAGGAUUUUAACUAUUAAUCAGAAGAUUUGAUCAGACGCAUAAAAUCACAGCUAUUACUGUUUUUUGGUUUGAGAAAUUUUCAAAAACUUCUUGAUUUGAACUGAUUUCCUUCCUGCACUUUCAUCUCCACAUACACAAAUUAUACAUCAAAAUGCAGGAAUUUUUCUGCUCUUUGACGCGGUGAAUCUGUCACUGCUGUGGGAUUUACAGUUUUCAGUCAAAUCCCCUCAGAGUGCUCAGUUUGCUAGCCUGAAAUCUAAUUCACUCCCGUUUUAUUUCAUCUCUAAACGUUUCCUUCAAAAACUACGCUCAAUAAUUUCCAACACUCAACAUUUCCACCGUAAAUCUCUAAAAGUUUCCUUUAAUUACAGUUGAAAAACAUUUGAUUUGUUUGAGGUUAAAAUUAUGGCGCCACCUCUUUCUACAAAAAAGGUGGGAAUCGCCAUGGCAACCAUGUUUUGUUUGUUUUUUUGUUCUUGUUACAGUAACCCAUCAUCAAAUCUAAUUCAAAAACAGCUCACAAAGGGAAGUUGUUGGACUUUCUGUAGUUUUUAAUUUGUUUUUCAACUCAUUUCACCUCAUAAAGUUUGAUAUUUACUUUUAAAUCCGGCAUUUAAUCCAGUCGUUCAAGGCUAAAUCUUAUGUUUUUCUUUGGAGGUGAAAGAAAUGAGGCAGAAAUAUCCCAGUUAUUCGCAGCGAGAGCUGCUCAAGGUCUGUAAAUGUUUCAGAUUGGUGGCAAAAUGCUUCUUUUAUCAUCUUUCUUUAGAAUAAGGAACAAUAAAAACAUUAUUUCUGUGAAGAAAAAAGAGAUUAUUAGACCCUAAACUCCCGCAGCAGACUCCUCCAAAUCCUGCUGAUUUAUUUUAUUCAGCCUUGUAAACUUUCUAAAUGUGAUGAAUAUAGAUGUAGGAGGGAGAGCACGGUUUAUGAAAACGGAAAGCAUUUAUCACCUUGUGCCUUUUUCUUUCCUUUUAACAGCCAAAAAACACAAUUAUUACUUGAAAGACGGGUAGAAAAACCGAAAAGCUGCAGCAAGAAUAUUACUUUUUCAGUUGAAAACACUAGAUAUGCUGUUUUAAUCUAAUAUACUUUAAAAAUAUGAUAAAACUAGAUGUAUUUAGCUUUAGUACUCAUUAAUCAUACGUUGUUUUUUCUUAGUUUUUCUUUAAACUCAGUAACUUUAGGAACAUUUCAAACUCUGGACAGAUUUUCUGUAAAAACAUUAAACAGCAGAGAGGAUCAGAUUGUCUCUCUGCUUUUAUCUGCACAUAAAUCAUAUUUUCAUGUUUUCUUUUUCAACACUGGUAAGAGAUUUAUUCAGUAUUUAACAAUUUAGCUUCUGUUACAUUUGAUGUCAGGGAGCUUUAAUUUUUUUUAUCAUCCUGCCAGUAAUUAUUAUCUUUUUCGUUUAUUUGCGCAGCUGAACCAUAAUUAUGUUUGUCUCCAUGUUAAUCCCUCGAUUACACAUUUAAUCCGAGUUUAAAUUCAAUCUAAUGAACCUCAGAAAUCUGCCUUGUUUGAACAUUUAGUCACAUUUUGACGAUAAACGAUUAAAAACGCAGAUAUCAGACAUUUAAUUAUGUACCUGCCUGUUUGGAGCAAAUUCACUUUAAUUCAACUUCUAGAAAAUCAGAAUCUUUUAAAUUAAUUUCUGUUUUGAGUUUAUGAAGCGAAACCUUACUUUCAUGUUUUUUUCUCAGCUAUUGAAACAUAUAAUAAUAAAAAAGAGGAUAAAUAAUUUAAAUCAGCUGCUGGCUGCAGACAUUAAUUCGAUAAGCCGCUGUUGCUAGGCAACAGUAAGCAGAGUUUGGACACAUCUUCCCAGCAACAGGUGGUAUUUCAGGAGGAAGGCUGACCUUCUGCAGGUGUGAGGCUCUCCGACAGUCGUUUUCUGUGAAAUAGUGUAAAUACAGAGAGGAUGUACAUAAUGAAGUUUUUAUAAAUAAAAGAAAACAGAGGAAAUAUUGUCCUGGUUGAGUGGAAAAGUCCUGGAUGAAUGAAUAUGAAUCAAUAAACACGAGUUUUAUAAAAAUGUG